AUGGAUCACUUACACGCUAUCUCUUCGUACGGCCUCGGCCUGUGGGAUCAGGGUAGGCUAUCUCCAGUCGCCGCCCUUGGGGUGCCUCUAGGCGUGCUUUUUCACCUUGCCCUCUCUCGGCUGGGAGACGCGGAACGAUUUAUGUAUACUCUUAUCGCAGCUAUGCUGUUUCUCAUGCUCGGCAUCCUUUCCGUUUCCGUGUUUCUAGGGUCUUCCUUUCUAGGCGCCCUAGCUGGGUUAUGCAUCUUAGCAAGUACAUUCAACGUAGGCCUCUUUUCGAGCAUGGUUAUCUACAGACUAUUCUUUCAUCGUCUGAGAAGGUUUCCCGGGCCCUUCGACCUCAAGAUCUCCCGAUUCUUCUCCGUGCUGAGGGUUGCGAAAGAAGCCAAGUACCACAGCGACGUUGCCAAGAUGCACGAGCGGUACGGCGACUUUAUCCGUACAGGACCCCGGGAGCUGUGCAUCGUUCGAGAUUCGGCGAUCCCGAUUAUAUACGGUCCGAAUACAAACUGUCACAAGCCAACUUGUUACAUAGGAUUCUCUAUCAAAGCAUUGCAAACCUACGAGCCUCGGAUUACAACGUUGGUUACCAAACUUGCCGAUCAAGUUUCGAAUAAAAGAGUACUAGAUGCGACGGCCUGGUCGAUGUAUCUCACUUUCGACGUCAUGGGCGAAGUGGGAUUCGGGAAAGACUUCGGCUGCGUCUCUAGCGGGACAAACCAUCCUGCGAUUCAAAGCAUCCGCGACCAUAUGCACAUCCUAGGCGUCUUGAGCCAUAUCCCCUGGCUGUUAAAUAUCGUCGGGCGCAUCCCGGGCGCGUCGAAAUCGUAUCGCCCCCUUUUCAGUUAUUGCCAAUCUCAAGUCGAAAAGAAGCGAGAGGGUAUCGACCUCGAGAAAUAUCCCCAAGAUAUCAUGACGUGGCUGCUAAAAGCGGUUGUCGAAAAAGACGUUUCUGCUUCGCCGACGAAAGAAUCGCUUCUCGACGACGCCAGAUUGCUUAUAAUCGCGGGAAGCGAGACGAGCGCUGCGGUGCUAGCGAGCGCUCUGUUCUACUUGGCCAAGUUCCCUCGCGUCUUGAAGAAGCUACAGGCUCGGAUCGACGACGUCAUCUCGACCCCGGCGGACUGGACGUACGAAAAGGCGAGAUCGAUCACCUACCUGGACAACUUUAUCGACGAGACCCAGCGUCUAAAGCCCGCCCUGCUUACCGGAGGAUACCGACGGACGCCACCGGAGGGCAUUCUAAUCGACGAGCAGUUCGUUCCGGGAAACGUAUCCGUCAUCGUGCCCAUACAGCUGAUCCAGACGGAUCCGCGCUACUGGAAGCAGAGCGCGGACUUUAUACCAGAACGGUUCGGAGAGCGGAGCGCUGAGAUGGGAACCGGCAAGGCGCCCUACAUGCCUUUCAGCCACGGGACGUACGGCUGCUCUGGUAAGAAUCUGGCCUUGAUGACCUUGCGGAUCGCCGUCUCUAUUCUCGCGCAGCGCUUUGAUAUCGCCUUUGCGGCUGGUGAGACGGGGGAGGUGUUCGAUAAGGAGGCGAAAGAUACGUUCACCACUUACCUGAAACCUUUGAACCUGCAGUUCUCACCUAGGAAGUGAAGCGCGAUAUCUAUGUCUGCAUUUUGUCAGGAGGCCAGUUGAUGUUUUAUUCUUUUUCGAGACGAAUACGAAAGCGUGGACGUUUGGGCUUGGUCUGACGACAGCUAGAGGAGGCUGGUAUGAGCGCCAACAGGGAUUGUCUUCUAAGUUCUCUAUACAACUGCGCCGCAAUAUCCAACCGUUAUUCUAUACCGACUGCUAGAACCACGAUCUCUAGGAAAAUGGAACAACAAGCUAGAAUAAACGUAGCCUUUCCCAGCACCCAACAGUUAUUUGUUUUAUUGCUACUGAUAAUCUCUUUGAAAUCAAAUCCUCCUUUUGCCACGAUCAAGUUACUCAUUGGCGAGGCUAGCAUCUAAAUAUAUAGAAGUACAGUAGUCGUAUCAGUUCCCGUGCUCAGCACAAACGCAGCGAUGUACGGGCCAGUAAGCUACUUUUCUCCAUUCUCGUCUGCGCAGGAUACAGUUGACCCGGAGAUAAGAGGAGCGUUACUGAACGCCAACCAAAAUCCCACGUUAACACGUUCUGUGUAAUACAACCCUUUCUGAAAUACCUGGAGCUUUUUGUCUGAAGAUUCGGUCCU